AUGGAGUGGCGGCCGCACGCUCAGCCCCACCCGGCGCAGCGCGCGAGCCACCCGGGCCGGGCCCACAGCAACGGUGGCAGCAGCAUAGGCGGCGGCGGCAGCGGCGGCAGCGGCAGCGGCGGCGGCGGCAGCGGCAGCAGCGGCGGCAGCAGCCUGGGCAGGGCCGGCAGCCUCGACCGCAGCGCCAGCCUCAACAACGAGGCGGCCCUGGGUGCGGCGGCCCUCAGCGGGGCGGAUGCGAGCAGCAGCGGCGCCGGCGGCGGCAGCAGGGCCGACGGUGACGAGGAUGACAGCUUCGAAGAUUGCAGCAGCAGCAGCAGCGGCGACCCUGACGAGGAGCGGUCGCAGCGCCAGCAGGUAGGCGACGGCGACGCGGCGGGCAGCGGCGCGAGCGGGGGCGGCGGCAGCGCGGCGUGCGAGCAGCGCAAGAAGCCGACCAAGCACCAGCUGCGCCUCGCGCGCCGCGCCGCGUCCGCCGCCGCCGCCGAGGCCGCGGCCGCGGCCGCGACCGGGGAGGCCGCGGCGCGGGCGGCCGAGGAGGCGGCACUGUUGGAGGAGCUGCGGCGCACGGCCGCGGACGACGGCGCCGGCGGCGGCUGGGCGUCGCAGGGCGAGGGGUUCUCCGAGCUGCCGCUGCCGCAGCAGGCGGCCGUGCUCGCGGAGGAGUACCAGCGCAGGGCCGCGCACCGCCCAAAAGCGCAAUACGCGCGCGCGGGCGCGCCCGCGCCGCUGCCGCCGUGGAUGUCUUGGUACGACCCGUCCUCGGGCUGCUACAUGGCGAGGUGGCUCGCGAAGCAUGACCCCGCGCGCGGGGCGGCGUACACCGCGGCCCAGCGGCGGCUCCUCGCCUCCCUGAACGAGCGCGCGCGCGGGGGGAACGCGCGUGCCGCGUCGUCGGCACCGGCGGCGUCCGCGUUGGUGCAGAAGCAGGCAGCGGUGGUGCAGGCGUCGCAGCAGCAGCAGCAGCCGCAGAAGCAGCCGCAGGGUGCGCAGCAGGCGGUACAACAGAGCCAGGUCGUGGCAGCAUCUGCAGCGCUGCAGCAUGCGCAGCAGGCCCAGCAGGCGCAGCAGCAUCAGGCGCAAGAUGCACAGCAGCAACCGCAGCAGCAAGGGGGCAGGGCCCAGGGGCAGUUGCCUCAGCAGCAGGCUGCCGUGCAGCGGCAGGCUCAGCCCGUUGCACGCCAGCAGUCAGAGCCGCAUGUGGUGCAGCAGCAGCAGCAGCAGCAGCAGCAGCAGCAGCAGCAGCAGCAGCAGGUGCAGAUGCUGCCGCUGGCGGGCGCCGGCGGCAGCGGCAGCUGGAUGCCGCAGCCACUGGCGCGCUCUGGUGGCAGCGGCGGCUGGACGCCGCAGGCGCUGGCGCAAUCGGGCGGCAGCGGAAGCUGGACGCCGCAGCCGCUGGCGCGCUCUGGCGGCAGCGGCGGUAGCGGCAGCUGGCAGGCUCAGGGACAGGCAAGCUCUGGCGGCAGCAGCAACCGGCAGCAGCGUGCAGCUGAUGAGGACCGGCGGCGCCGUGCGCAGCAUCAACUGGCGGAGGCGGCGCAGCAGCACCAGGCAGCAGGGCAGCAGCAGCAGCAGCAGCAGCAACGUUUGCUGCUGCUGCAACAGCAGCAGUUCAUGCAACAGCAGUAUGUGCAGCAGCAGCUUAUGCACCAGCAUCUUGUGCACCAGCAUCAGCAGCACCAGCAGCACCAGCAGCAGCAACACCACCACCAGCAGCAGCAGCAGCAGCAGGCGCAGCAGCAGCGACCGCUGCAGCAGCAGCAGCCGCAGCCGCAGCAGCAGCAGCAGCAGGAGCAGGAGCAGCAACAGCGCCCAAUGGGGCCCCACCAGCCGGCAGCAGCCAAAGAGCUGCACAGGCCCAAACACCCGUACCCGUGCAAGUUUUUCGGCAGGGGGAAGUGCGCCCGCGGCAACCUCUGUGACUUCCGACAUGACGGGCCACCAAGCGCAGCAGCUGCCGCCCACGCCGCGCCGCCGCCUGCCGCCGCCGGCAACCACCAGCCGUGGCAGGUGCAGCUGCAGCAGCUCCAUGUGCAGCAGCAGCAGCAGCAGCAGCAGCAGCAGCAGCAGCAUCCCCACGAUCGUUGUCAGAGCGACAGCCAGAGCAGCAGGUAUCUCAAGCAAGUGGGCAGCGAUGAGGCAGAAGACCAGGAUGGAGAGCACAGCGGGGAUGCUGCGGAGGGGCAGGAAGAGGCGGAGAGGCGGCACGAGGAGGGGCAGCAGGCGAAGCCGCACAGCGGCACGAGCGACGAUGAGCCGCAGCAGCCGCAGCCGCGCUUGCCGCCAGUUUCCGCGCAGCUGCCCGCUGGUGUACAGAAGCCUGGGUCGGGUAAGCACGCGUCGCCGCCGCAGCCCGACACACCCCUGCAGCCGCAGGAGCACGCGCAGGAAGGACGGCCGGCGCUGCACGCCGCGCCUGCUGCCCAGUCGGGGCAGCAGCCAGCGCAGCUGUCGGAGCCCGUGCCGCCGGCCUCUGCGGAGGCCGUGCAGGCUCAGGAGGAGGGCGAGGACGAGGAAGCCCGGGGCGCCAACAAGCAGAUGGGUCCCGCGGGUGCUUGUUGA